CGCACGCGACGACUUUCAGAGCGCGCUCGCAGUAGCGAGACGACUGCGUUAGAUUUCGCUCAGUGGGUUUGUUUGCGCUAAUAGACAUUGCACGCUAAAUCAAAAUCUGCAAUAGGUUGUCAUUAUUAUAAUUAUAGGCGUUAGCCUAGUGCUGAUUGUUUAGACUAGUUUUUGUUGCAAUUACAGGUUGAAGUGAACAAGAGUCAACUGCAAUGGCAGGGGUUGGGGAACAGAACCUGCCUAGUCUUGUACAGCAGUUCAUUAUAAUGGCCCAAAGAGCUGAGGGCCCUCAGCUGUUAUCCACUAUUAGCCAGAUGUUGGAGGCCCCAGGGGUCUAUUCCUUUGGAGAGUUUCUUAAGCUGGGCUGCGUCCGAGAGCUUGCAGAUGGUCCUGAUGAUGCAUACUUUAAGCUCUUAAAUGUGUUUGCUUAUGGCACCUAUCUUGAAUAUGAAGGUAAGAUGCAUAUGUUCUCUGUUAAUACAAAAUGUAAGGUUGCCUGCUUUAAAGCUUAAAUUUUUUAUUUUAAAAAUUCCCAUUUAGCAUACAAAGACAAACUUCCACCAUUAACAGAAGUCCAAAAGUAUAAACUGAGACAAUUAACCCUUGCCACUCUUGCUGGACAAAUGCAGGACAUCCCAUACUCAGUGUUGCUGUGUGACUUAGGUCUUGACAGCCAGCAGCAGCUGGAGGACUUGAUAAUCAAAGCAAUCUAUGCUGAGAUCAUCCGUGGCAAGAUGGAUCAACAGAGGAAAAUCCUAGAGGUAGAAGCCUUCAUCAGCCGGGAUGUCAACUACCAGGUCUUAAAUUGUGUCGUCAAUGACCUACAAGAGUGGUGCAGUGGCUGUGAGUCUGUUUUGGCUGAGAUUAAGUGGCAGCUAAAUAGGCUGGGCCAGUUUCAAAAGGAUCACCUUAGUUCUCAGCAACAGUUGGAUGCAGAGGUGUCAAAUAUCAAGAAACUGAUGACAACCAGCAUUUCAUCCCAGAAAUAAGACUAUAGUUGUGAUCAUGAGGGUGCCAGACACAACUUUCAUCACUGUCCAACACUGACUUCAUCCAGUGGGAAGGGGCAGCUAUCGCAGCGCUAAAGCUGUAGAUCUUUGUGUAAUGCUUAUCUGUGAUGCAAAAACAUUUUCAGAAAAGCAAUGAAUGAGAAAGAAGGGCAAAACUAAAGCAAUUUGUCUAAAUUGUUUGUUUUGCAUUUUGUUCCAAAACUCUGAACCACCGAAACUUUUGGUCAACUUCUGGAAUUUGUGGAAACGCCAACAGCUGACUGAAAGCAUAGGUAUCACCUUUUUUUGUCUUUUCUUUCUUUCCUCCCCUAUUCAUCAGUCUGACAGCAAAUCAACUUAGGUCAGUACACACUUUUUUGUGUAUUAAGGAUGUAUGA